GUUGAGAAAAUAAAGCAAAACAUGUAUUUCUAUGUUUCUGCACUUCCUCGUGGGUCUGUUAUUGGGACACGAAAGCUCAGGCUGCAUCCAGGAAGGAAGGCAGGCCAAGUUUGGUCUUAUGAAUUCAGCUCCAGCUGCAAGACAAAGGCGUGUUUCUGUCUGCAAAGAGUCAGGGGUGACUUUUGUGCCGAUGUCUAAGUGAAAGGAGCUAAUCGGUGAUCAUGGCUGCCCAUGUGAGUCCUGGCAUCAAGGUUUCAAUUCUGUGUGAGGAUGCAGACAAGUGGCUGGAGGCCGGGGAGCUGGUGCGGGCCACGUCCCUCUACAUAUCUGCCUUCAGUACUCACGCUGCAAUGACUGUGACCCACAUGCGCAAAAAGGAGAUAUCCCACCUCCAAGGAGUCAUCUCGAUUCUAGAAAGUUGGCUUGACAAUCACCAGGAGAUCCAGCUUGCUGACGGACUCUGUAAAGGUUUGGCAGCUGUCUUCCUGUCCACCCUCUGCCCUAAUAAUCUCUCGGCCACCAUUUUCAAAAUGGAGUCCCUCCUUCUCAGUGGCGGGCACGACAGCCAGGAGAUUUUUGCUCGCUGUACUGCUCUGCUUGCGGGGAAACAAAAGGCCAAAGGAGAUGGCAUUUGUUGUGUGGCGCUGGAGAUAACUCGUGCUUUGGCCUGCUUAAUGUCGGGGGCCGACCGGGCAAAGGCUCUAAAACUUUACCUCAACUCAUACAAGAGCAACAAAUGUGAAACUGUCAAACUGGUCAAGAGCAGACAAGCUUCUCAAAUACCCCAAAUAGUAAAAGCCUUCACAGAGCAAAUGCAUCUCUGGUACCCCUCCUUGUUGCUGGACAGCAACUGUGACGUGUCCAAAAAGGGGAAAGAACAGCUGAAUAUUGAGACUGCUCCUCCACUGCUGGAGUUCUUGUUGGAGCUCUCACCAGGUGAUGGACAAGUGCUGGAGCUACAAGCGGCACUUUUGUUUUUCACUGGCCAUUUUGGCGACAGUGCAGAUGUGUAUUCUGCUAUCUUGCAGAUGGUCAAAGACGCACCUGAGAGGCGAGCGAGGAUCUUCACCGGCCGAGCGGCCACGUACCUCAUGGCGGGUGGGCGGGUCGCCGAGGCCUGUGUGGAUCUGGGCCAAGCCUUCGAGGCACACCCAGCUUGUGCUCGAAUUAGCUUCCAAAAGGUCUUCACUGAUCUGGGUACGGGGGAAGCUGCUCGCAACCAUCUUCGUCAGGAGAUUGAAAAAUGUCUGUCUGCUUUCCGGGAGGUGGUCCUCGUCCGAACGGACCUGAGGUCACGGGAGGGAGCGGAACUUCUGGACCCUGCCAUCGCGCAAUUGCGGACCCUUUGCCAUUUGGAGUCUGACGGUGGAGGACAAGAACUGCGGCUGCGACUGGCCGAAUGUCUUCUUCUCAGGGGGGCAUACAAGGAAGCCCUCUCUAUCUGUAGCCAGUUGGAAGCUGCCAAAGGUCAGCACAGCUUUCCAACCAGUGUUCAAGUUCUCUGUGGAUAUGCUCGACUUCUCACAAAAGACCACAAAGGGGCUCUAGAGGACUUCCAGGCUGUGAUCGAGCACAACGCUCCCCACCCACCCAGUUGUGUGCGGGCACUUUGUGGUAGAGGGGUCGUGCGCAUGACGUGGGGGUUCCACUACCUCACAGCACUUGACUAUGUGACAGCCACCAGGUUGCACCCACUGGAAACGGCGUUGACCAUUCGCUCUCUCGUGCCGUGGAACCUCCGGGGUCUGCUUUUGACUGUUUUACUGGAGCAGGGCCGGGUCAUGCUCGAGGGGGCCGGAGGCCGCCACCGAGCCUCAUGUGAAAACUCCCAGCAGGAGGGUCAGCUGCAUGCUACAUCGAAGCUGGACGAGUACAAAGCUGGGUCUCCUGCUGGUGUUCACUCCCUGGCCGUGUUGCUCAUGGAGGUCCAAAAAGGCGCUGAUGGGCCUGAGAUCUUAGCAGCAGACGCCUUGUACCAGCUGGGACGAGUGGAGGAGGCCUAUCGCUUGCUGUUGCUUUCCAAGGGGCCUACAAGUCGCCGGGCAGCCGUCCUAGCCCGACUCGCCCUGCUGCAGUUGCACAGGGGCUUCCUUUAUGACACCAAUGAGCUGCUAAAAAAGCUCAUUCAGUGUGGAGACACCAGUUGCUUGCGCCCCCUGUUGGUGGUGGCAAAGCAGAAGGACCGAGCACUGCUGCAGGACCACUGCCACUCCGCCGCCAAACGCAUCCUGGAGGGCACAACAGAGGAUAGCGUCGUCAGGGAGGCUGUGGCGUACCUCUCCAUUGCCAUCAUCAUCGCCGGUGGCGAUGCAACAGACUCCUUGUUGGAGAGAGGGCGGUGUUAUGCUCUCCUCGGCCAAAAAAAGACAGCAAUCUUUGACUUCAGUGCCAUUCUCAAGGAACACCCCAAACAUGUUCAAGCCCUCUGCGGAAGAGGCUUCACGUACCUCCUGCUCAACCGGCAAAAGGAAUGCACGCACGACAUCCUGGCGGCACUGCAGAUAAACGCCGAUGAGGUCACCAAAGACCUCGUGUCGCUCAAGGACAGGGCACGCAAACUGGUCUGCGAUUGGCUGCAUCAUUUCUGCAGGAGCAGCCUGUCAGAUGUCCUGGUCGCCAAUGCCGUCCCCUGCCACGAGGAGCAGCUCAGGGAGGCUUCCGUAAUCUGUGCUGCUCUGAUAAGGACUAAGUGUGCAGCCGCCAGAUGGCAUCUUCUCUGUGUUGACUUACUUUUAGCCAAAGGUGAAGCGGAGGCGGCAGGUGCCCACUUGAGUCAGGUCUUUGGCCAGGAUCCAAAAAAUGCUGCGGCCCGGGCCAGGGCAGGUGUGAUCGACGCUUGGCACCACAACUAUCGCAGUGCAGCUCGCAAGCUCUGCAAGCUCGCCGAAAAAGAGUCGGCAUGUCUGGAACUGUUGUUGAAUCUGAUCCCACUCAAUCAGAGGAAACUGGUGGCAAAGGCAGCAGCACAGGAGGCCAGCAGCACGUCUUCAGAUGGGAGCUGGGAUCAGGCCCUCCCUCUUUUGACUGUGGCCGUACGAGCGGCAGACAAACACAGACUCCAGUAUCUUCGCCAGCGGGCAGCUUGCCUCGCCCGACUUGGCUUCCAUGAGCGGAGCGUCGCCGACCUUGAUCGAGUCAUUCAGAAACACGGCUGUUCUGACGCCAGCUGCUCUGACAAUCCCCAAGUCUGGGCAGAAGACCUGUGUUUUCGCGGACGCAGCCUGGUGCUGUGUUCCAGGGAAGGACCUGCUCUUGAGGACUACAGCAGGGCCCUUGAGCUCCACAGGGAGAGGACUAUCCGAUGUGUGGACGAAGGUCUGGGGAGGCUACGUCUGGCUGAGUGCUUUUUGAGGGGCGCACUGCACCAGUAUGGCGAACAGCAGCUGAACAAAGCUUGGGCCUUGAUUGAAUGCGGCCUUAUCGUGGACGGCGACAAUGCCGCACUGCGCCGACUAAAGGCAAAGGUCAAACGACAAGUGGCCGGCCCCUGUAAUAUCAACUAGUAAGUCCACAAAACCACACCCUGGACUGGUUGCCAGCCAAUCGCUGGGCACACAUAAACAAACCACUCUUACAUUCACACACAUGGGCAAUUUCGAGUCUUCAAACA